CAGAAUCCAGUUGCCGAAGAGAGGGAACGAGCCAUCGAGGAAUCAAGCGCCUACCUUGCUGUGAAUUUGAUGCAAUUGUCGGCCAGUCAUGCGUCUGGCAGGUCUGAGUCUGGGUCUGGGUCUCGGCGGAUUUCGAGCGUCGUCGUCUGCAUCUUCGAGGUCCACCGUCUCAGCGUGCAACGAUUUGACAAGCAGAAGACUUCUGUAUUCAGACGGACAUUGCUCUCUGCUCGGCAACCGUGGCCUCAAGCCGCGCCUUUCAGUCGGUAGCUGUGCAAUUUCGGUGAGGGCUUCGGGCACGAGCACGGUCAGAAGCGGCAGUGGUUCUCGUGACGGUGAGAAGAUGGCCCCCAAUCAGGAGCAGAUUGAAGCGGCAUUUGGAUCAUGGCGGUCCCCUGUCACUGCUGAUCUCGUCUCCGGAACCACCAAGCAGUUUGGAGGAAGUGCGCUGGAUUCUCACGGUCGUUUGAUAUGGUGCGAGGGGCGCCCGUGGCAAAAAGGGAGGUAUGUGCUUGUCAGAGAAGGAUCAGACUCAGGUGGAGCUGCAGAGGAUUUGACUCCAGCUGGUUUUAGCGUCCGGACUGUUGUGCAUGAAUAUGGUGGUGGUGCAUUCACCAUCAGUGACGACCUCAUUGUUUUCUCGAACUACGAGGAUCAGCGUCUGUACAAGCAAGCUCUUGAUGGAGACAGGACUCCAGUUGCACUGACUCCAGAUUACGGUGAAAGGAGAGUCCGCUAUGCAGAUGGCGUAGUCGACAAAUCGAAUGGUCUAUACAUCACUGUACGAGAAGAUGAAAGGAUGCGUGGCAAAGAAGCUACCAAUGAGAUAGUUGUUGUACAGCUCAGUGGAGAUUCCAGUGCAGAACCCAAAGUCUUGCUUUCGGGUAACGAUUUUUACGCCUACCCGCGGCUCAGUCCCGAUGGUAAGAAGAUUUCUUGGAUGGAGUGGAGUCACCCUAAUAUGCCAUGGGAUAGAGCCUCAAUCUGGGUUGGUGAUAUCUCGAGUCACGGCGAUGUAGUGAAUCGAACGUGUGUUGCUGGUGGUGAUGAAGAGAUUAUGGAGGCACCGUCAGAACCAAGAUGGUCUCCAGAAGGAGAUCUUUAUUUCGUUUCCGACAGAGGCAGUGGAUGGUGGAACUUGUAUCGCUGGGGUAUAGACACGAAGGUUGAAGCACUUUAUCCUCUAGAAGCAGAGUUCACCAGGCCUCUCUGGAACUUUGGCAACACAAACUUUGCAUUUGUUCGGUCCAAAGAAGCAAGUCUUCAGAACAAAAUUGUCUGUACUUACAGGCAGCGAGGUAUGUCUCAUUUGGGAUUAUUUGAUGUGUCCACUCGAACCUUCUCAAAGAUAGAAACCCCAUUCUGUGACAUCUUUGGCUUGAUGACCGAGGGCGAAUAUGUUUACAUCACUGCAGGGUCGACUCUUUGCCCUCUGUCAGUGGCCAAGGUCAACCUGCUGGAAAACGAGAAAGGAGAAUAUGGGUAUUCAGUACCUUGGACGUCUUUUGAGGUUGAUAUAGAAAACUACCGGUCGUACAUCAGUGUGCCACAAGUUGUAGAGUUCCAAACAAACGUUGAAGGUGAUACAGCCUUCGCAAACUUUUAUCCUCCGACGAACCCCGACUACAAACCUCUUGCGGGAGAAAAGCCACCGUUGCUCGUUCGAAGUCAUGGGGGUCCAACGUCAGAAGCCAAGAUUACUCUGAACUUUUCCAUUCAAUACUGGACAAGUCGAGGUUGGGCAUUUGCUGACGUCAACUAUUCUGGAAGUACUGGCUACGGUCGCGAGUACCGAGAGAGACUACGUGGACAAUGGGGUAUUAGAGACGUCGGAGAUUGUUGCAGCUGCGCCGAGUUUCUGGCCGAGAAAGGUAUGGUUGAUGGGAAGCGGCUCUGCAUCGAUGGACGUUCAGCUGGGGGCUACACCACUAUUGCUUCCAUGGUUUUUGCCAAUACAUUUGCUGCUGGAUGUUCACUGUUCGGGCUGAGUCAGUUGGCAGACUUCGGAGACGAAACUCAUAAGUUUGAAUCGCGCUACGUACAAGCACUUACAGGAGGAGAUAAGGACAAGGACGCUUUGUACAAUCGCUCACCUAUCAACUUUGUCAAAAAUUGGUCUUGCCCUAUAAUACUUUUUCAAGGCCUCGAAGACAAGGUGGUUCCGCCAAAUCAGGCGCGAAUUAUCUAUGAAGCCGUCAAGGCAAAGGGUCUUCCUGUUGCCCUCGUCGAGUACGAGGGAGAACAGCAUGGUUUCUUAAAGGCGGAGAACAUCAAACACCAACUGGAGCAGGAAAUGACAUUUUUCGCUCGUCUUAUUGGAGGCUUCAAGAUGGCCGAGGAAGUGACGCCUCUACGUAUCGAAAACUAUGACGAUUAGGUCUAUUCACAAUAGUUCCUGGAUGGGAUUUUUGAUAAAGAUUUAGCACCGAAUAACUCAUCUUGGCAGUUACUGAGAAUCUUAAUAAAUACAAAUUUCGU